UGAAUGAUAGGGCGGGAGAGUCACAUCUUCUUGUGUUACAGCUACACCAGACACCUGCCAUGAGCGUCCUGCGGCUUUACAGGCACUGCGUCCAGGAGCGAGCGGGACUAAACCAGAAUGACUGCUUUGUUUUGCCGCUUCGCCCCCGCCCGCUGAGGUCAGAGGUCAGUCGCGGGAUCGUCGGCCUCCGGUGCGGCUGAAAGCGGGAAAAUCUUUAUGGUGCCGCCGAAAUGCCAGCCAUCAUGCGCAAGAGGCACAGCUGCGCCGUGCAUGCUGCCUUCCUGAGCAGACACGGCUCGAGGGAGACGGACUCCGGUCUGAGGAAAGCUCAGUUCCACGUGGACCUCUGGGGUUAUUUCACCCUCCAGAACUGGCUGCUGGACGUCGGCAGGCCUUUAUUCAUGGUCUUCUGCCCUUUGGAGUGGUUUCCUCUGAACAGACCCAGCGCCGGAGACUAUUUCCACAUGCUGUACAACAUCACCACCCCCUUCCUGCUGCUCAAGCUCAUAGAGAGAAGCCCGAAGACUUUGCCUCGCUCCGCCGUCUACCUGUGCGUCAUCACGUUCGUGAUGGGAGCCAGCAUACACCUGGUGGGAGACUCCAUCAACCAUCGGCUGCUGCUCAGCGGAUACCAGCUGCACCUGAGCGUCAGAGAAAACCCCAUCAUGAAGAACCUCAGGCCCCGCUCUCUGAUCGACUCGUUUGAGCUGCUGCAGUAUUACGACGAGAGCCUCGGUCACUGCAUGUGGUACGUUCCUCUGUUCCUCGUGCUGUUCCUGUAUUUCACCGGCUGCUUCACUAUCGUCAAGGCAGAGAAGUCGAUGCCCGUCUCCGCUUGGCUUCUGCUGGGUCCUAGCGCUCUCUACUACUGGUAUCUGGUGACCGAAGGACAGAUUUUCAUCCCGUUCAUUUUCACCUUUUUCGCCAUGACGGCCACGGUCGUGCACCAGAGGCGCAGGGGCUUUCUUCCCGACGGGAACGGGCUCUUCCUGCUCUACAGUUUCUCUCUGUGUCUCGUGCUCGUGACCGUCUGGGUGGCCUGUCUGUGGAACGACCAGGUGCUACGGAGGAAGUAUCCAGGAGUCAUGUAUAUACCUGAGCCGUGGGCCCUUUACACGCUGCACCUCCGAGACUGAGUCCGGGUCCUUCACGUCUUCACUUCAACUAAACCAGGGGAAAAAAAUGGACUGGCUGUGAAUUUCUGACUCGUUCAGGUUCUGCUCUGUAUGAUUGAACGCCAGAUGUUUUUCUUUUACUUCAUUUUAAGACGAAACAGCAUAAAUACUAAAAAGUGUUG